AUGUCUAGAGAAAAGUCUAGAAGGAUCUGUUUUGAUGAUGCCUUUGAUAGCAUCUUGAAUGGAAAUGUGUCAGAAUUAGAAGACCUAAGCUCUGAUGAAGAUAUUGAUGAUAAUGAAGAUGUUGUGUCCUAUGAUGAUGGUGAUGAUACUAGUGAUGAUACUAGUGAUGAUAAUGGAAGUGAUGAUACUGGAGAUGAAAGUGUGCCACAACCAAAUCCUGAUGAGAAUAUCAAGUUUCGGUGGAGAUCAAAAGACCUGCCAACAUCUGAUGACAGGUUUAGUCCCGAAGUAGACAACAUUGAAGAAACCAAGUUGCCUCUUGAAUAUUUUAGACAGUUUUGGACUGAUGAAGUCAUUGACUUGGUUGUGCAACAAACAAACUUGUAUAGCACGCAGCAAACGGGGUCUUCAAUCAACACUACGAAGCAAGAAGCAGAACAACUUACUGGCAUGCACCUGAAGAUGGGUAUAAUAAAGCUUCCGUCGUACAAGAUGUAUUGGUCUCAGAAAGUGCGAUUCCCUGCUGUAGCUGACAUAAUGCCUUUGAAAAGGUAUGAAAAAAUUAGAUCAAAUCUUCAUUUUGUAGACAAUAGUUUGAUAGGGGGAAAUAGUUCUAAGCUGGCUAAGAUUCAACCAGUAAUUGACAUUUUCCGUGAACAAUGUGUGAAGAUUAAGCCGGAAGAGAGUCAUUUCGUAGACGAGCAGAUUAUUCCUGCAAAAACAAAGUAUAGCGGGAUUCGCCAGUAUAACCCCAAAAAGCCUGUAAAGUGGGGUUUUAAGAAUUUGGUCAGGGCUGUUGCUUCUGGCUUCAUGUAUGACUUCUACAUCUAUGCCGGUAAAGAUGCGACUAUGGACGAGAAUGCUGACUUCAAGCACUUGCAAAAGUCUGCUCAAGUUGUUGCGCGACUUUGUCAGCAUUUGCCAUCGAACAGCAGUCAUCAAUUAUUUUUUGAUAAUUGGUUUACCACCAUGGAUUUGCUUAUUUACUUGAAAAAUAAGGGCAUAUUAGCAUGUGGUACAGUUCGCGCCAAUCGAUUACAGGGUUGCUUACUACAGUCGAACAAAGAAAUGAAGAAAGCUGGACGCGGAACCACGGAUUACAAGUCCGACACAACACAGGGGCUAAUUGUUGUCAAGUGGCUGGACAAUAAUGCUGUUCACGUUGCCUCCAAUUUUGUUGGUGUGGAGCCUCUAGGUUCUGUUGAAAGAUGGUGCCCAGAAGACAAGAAGAAGAAGAAGAUUCAGUGCCCACAGCUCAUCUUGCGAUAUAACAAGUCGAUGGGAGGUGUCGAUAAGGCUGAUAUGCUAAUAUCCUUGUACCGAAUCCGCACCAAGACCAAGAGAUGGUACAUAAAGAUCUUUUGGCAUCUGGUUGACAUGGCAAAAGUAAAUGCCUGGCUAUUGUAUCGCAGACACUGUGAAACCUUGGGAAUCCCAAAUAAGCGAAGAUUGCCUUUGGUCGACUUCAUCCUUGAAAUUGCAGAAGGGUUGAUAAAUGCAAACAAGCAAGUUCCUGUUGAAACCUCCAAUGGAAAGCCUGGCAGACCCACCAAGAGAAAGAGUUCAGUGCAAGACCCAUCACGAGUGGCAAAG